AUGGCAACGGCGAUGAACGAGAAUGAUGCUGUCAGAGACUUCAUACGCUCAGCUGAAGCCCUCACUACAUCAAUCGAGAAUCUCAGGGAGGGCGAUAGAUCACAAGUUCUUCUCAAGCUUCAUGAGCUCACAAUCAAAGUCGAAUCUCCUUGGGAGACGUUUGUGAGGCUCUUCUUAAGCGAACCGGCUGUCCUAGCAUCAGUCAAGAUACUGCAGGAUCUCAACAUUUUCAAGAAAUGGAAGGACAAUGGAAGCAGACCCAUGAGUUGUGCUCAGCUCUCAGACCUCGCGGAAGGACCUUGCGAUGCCGCUUUACUUUAUCGACUCCUCCGCCUACUGGUCUCGAACAACAUAGUCGAGAUGACCUCAGAUGGGGUCUACAAACCCACCAAAUUCUGCAACCAGCUUGCGGACUCGGACUUUAGCACCACCGCAAAGUUCUAG